CACUUCCUCCUCCAACCGAGGAGAGGGUCGCCCCUCUGCAGCUUCUUUCCGCGAGGAAAUCCUGAAGGGACCGCCACCCAGGCCAGGUUGGGGGGCAUUCGUUGGGCGGCGGGGGGUCCUGCCGGAUCCAGAAGGAAAAGCGCGGCGCUUUCGGAUUCCUGGGACCAAGCCGCCAAGGAUCGCACGCAUCUCCUGAAUUCACGACUCCCGCCAGACGAGCUGGUUGCAGGCUGAACUUCCACCAUGGACAUCCAGGAGGCCGACCUCAGGGAGAUGGCUUCCGUUAUCCAGUCGCAAGUAGUUCUGGAGGUGUCUUCUCGAGUCCAGUCGCUCUUGGCUUCUCUAGAAACCACCACACUAGACAUCGCAGUGACAGGGGAAGCUGGGGCUGGCAAGUCCACCUUCAUCAAUGCCAUGUUGGGAAUUAGUGAUGAGGACUUCCGGGCAGCCCAAACUGGUGUGGUUGAGACCACCACUUUACCCACCUCCUAUCAUCACCCUCAUCUGCCAAAUGUUCGGCUUUGGGACUUGCCAGGCAUUGGUACCUCAUACUUCCAAGGCAAGAAAUAUCUGCAGCUGGUGGGAUUUGAAAAAUACGAUUUCUUCAUCAUUGUGGCAUCUGAGCGUUUCCGAGAGAAUCAUGCUGAGCUAGCCCGGGCUGUGGGUGCCAUGGGCAAGCACUUCUACUUUGUCCGUUCCAAGAUAGACCAGGACCUGCAGGCUUCACAACAACGAAGACCAAAGUUUUUCCAGGAAGUUCAUGUGCUGCAGGAAAUAGAGAUGGACUGUAUCCGCCAGCUAAAGAAUGAAGGCCUGGAGAAUCCCAAGGUCUUCCUGAUCUCCAGCUUCGAAUUGCAUAGAUUUGAUUUCUACCACUUGCAGGACACUUUGGUUGAAGAGCUGGAGGGCCACAAAAAGCACACACUGCUACUUUCAUUUCCAUCUGUCACUGCUGCAGCUGUGCAGAAGAAGAAGAGUUCACUGCACCAGCACAUCUGGAAGAAGGCUCUGCUGGCCUGUAUUGCUCCAGCCUUGCCUGGCCAGCCUUUCCACCUCAAUAUCCCCAUGCUCAUGAACACUCUCAAGGAAUACCACCAGCAUUUUGGCUUGGAUGCUACUUCUUUGGAGACCUUGGCCAUCAAGGUCUCAAAGCCCUGUUAUGAACUGAAAAAUCAAGUGUGUUCAACAUUAGGGAGAUACCUUUCAGAGAAUGCUGUCUGGGAAGUUUUGAACCAAGCUGCAGUCCCUGGGCAGGUGGUUGCCAAAGUGGUGAAGAACAAAGUGCCUUUUUUGAACAACUUGGUAGCAGGGGGCAUCUCAUUUGUGGUUGUCUAUUUCUUGUUGCACACUGCUCUGGAUAGCUUUGCACAAGAUGCACAGAGGGUCUUAGAAAAGGCAUAUGGCUUGGAGGAAAAGGUCCAGGGCUCCUUUUGCUAUCCUUCACCUGGCUUCAUCUGUGAUUGAAGAUGGACCAAGAACACCACCGAAGAUUGCUUGGAGAUGGACAAGUGUGUGCCUUCUCUCUUUUCUGCAUAAGUGUUACUUCUUCUUUUCCCCAUUUGGUCAAACUGGCCAGGAGAACACAGUAAAGGUUGCUGUCUGCCUAUCAUAUGAAGAGAUCCCACAAAGGUUACUGAGAUAGGUCUUCAAAGGAUGGCACUCCAUAAAUUGGAAAGAUUCUCUGUAUUUCUAUUAGAUGUAGCUGAUUUGGGUAUUGGGAGAAGUUUACUUCACUGUUUUUGAUCUAAUAAGUUGGUUCUUAGAAUCUU